AUGGCUGAUCCGUUUGAAGUGCGCAUGCGCUUCAGCUCUCAGCUUCAACAUCUCAAUGCGUCUGUUGCCUCGGCUCAAAAGGCAGCCCAAUAUGCCCUAAAAUAUAAAGAAUGGCACGAGGACUUGCACUCUUGCAUCCUUGAGCAGGUCGAGCGGACAAAUAUGAACACGCGGGCCAAUAUCAUGUACUUCAUUGAGCAUUUCCUUGACCAGGCAAGCAAAGAAGGUCAACCAGACUACGUCCGGAUGAUGCAGCGCGACAUCAUUCGCGUUGUGGACGCUGUCGCACCGGAUGAUGGAUCGGGAGCUGCCAAUGUCAAAGUUGUCCGCAAGGUCCUCCAAGGGUUGCAAGGAAAGGGCUUCCUCGACGACCAAGUUGCAGCGCAAAUUGAAGACGUGAUCAAGGAACGCGGGACAAAAGACCACGAGCUGGGGCUGUCGUCACCCGUUGAUAGUGCCCAGAUGGCAGAGCAAAGACCGGCGCAAUCUCAGGGCCAGCAGGCCAAACGAGCAGCCCCAACGCGGCUGGACAAACGCCAAGUCGAACAGCGCAUCGAAGAGGAUAGAGAACGCCAUAAGCGUGAGCGAGAGAGCAUAUGGGCCAUUCCAAAGGGCGAUAAUGCGGAAAUGAACAAGCUCUGGGAUGAGACGAGCGACUUUGGCGCGGAUGAUGAACGUCUCAUCACCGAAGAGGGCGCCGAUUUUGAGACCGAGAUGGAGAUGCAGCUGUGCCAGCAUCAGCGGGCCUCGAAUGGGGAAGGCCGAUGA